UUCAGUUGAUAAUGCAGCUUAUGAAUUUGUGUAUAUUCAUUCAUUAUUUUUAACAAGCAUUCUAAUUUUCAAUUGAAAUGAAUAUUAGUUUGAAAGUAGUAAAUUACUCCAUAUGUGUAAAUUGAAACGUACUGAUAACCAACAACAAAAAUAUAUGAGUGAUGCUGGUGACAUAAGUGAACUGCGUAUCAUGUAAUUUUUAUGCUCUAUUUUGUGCUUUAGUUUCUAUUUCUGAAUCAAGAAGAUAUAAUAAUACGGUUUAAAUGUGAUGCAUUAUGAGUUGGCUCCGCAAUACAUCAACAAUGUUUGCCCGACAAUUGUCAAGAACAUUAGACCCUCGGCAUGAUUAUGAGCCCCAAGCAUGCUACAACUCAUUCUGCAAGCAUUGGCAACAAGCUCAUGAUAUCAUUUUGAAGUCUAAGCCACAGCACUUACAUGAUGAUGUAUUAGGAGUUGUUAAUCACUUAGAGCAACUGUCUACUCUUCUUGUAUUAGAGGCGAGAGCAAGAGAAAUCAGUACAACUCAAAAUCCACAACCAUGCUUUGAAUAUUUGCUUAGUGAGAAUGUCCUGGAUAAAUUAUAUGAAUGGACUCUAUGUACUGGAAAAUAUGAAAAUGCCUUAAGAUUGGAACAGCUACGGCUGUUUGGGCAUCUCAUAAGUUUUUAUGGAUCACAAGUUAUAGCAGCUGAACCAUUUUUACGACCACUUCUGAAAUUGUUAAGCGGCUUUAGAGACCAAUUGGCGCCGCCAAAUCUAGAGAGUCAACUUGUAACGAUACUCAAUCAGCUAUGUAUAACGUUGAUGCAGAAUCUGAAAUUUGUCGAUUUGUUUUUCUUAACUACGCAUACGCAAAAUGGAUCGAUCCCAGAGUUUAUAAUAGGCCAGUUGUUAUUAGCAUCAGUGCACCGCGAAGGUUCUUGCGGCUCCGUUUCCCGCGAUGCGUUCCUUCUUUGUGCAAAGAUGUCCGCUCGUUCCGAACAACUCGCUGAAUGUUUGCUCGCGGGGAAUGCUUGUCCAAUACUUGCUACUGGUCUAAGUGGUCUGUAUUCUCUUCUUCCUCGCACAUUAGGGGAAGGCAUUCUCCGUCUAACUCCGGAUGAUGUCAACAAAGUGCAUAAGUUGACGUUGUUCAUAGAUUCGUUGGAGUUUUGCAAUGCAGUAGCACAGGUCGCUCAUCCGUCGAUAAGAGCACAACUUCUGGACUUGCUAUUGCAAGGUUUUCUUGUUCCUGUCAUGGGUCCAGCGCUUUUACAGACGAAAGGGGAAACGUUGCAGACUGGGGCCAUCGAACAAGCGGCGGCUACAGCGUACUUUGAGCUACUGAUUCGCUGUAUAACGCCAGAGGGACUUAUGAGGGUAGUUCUACAUUUUCUCUUCACCUAUGAAUAUGAUGGAGUGAAGAUGAUCGAUGUUCUACUGGCUCGGCUUGAAAGCAGUUCGCAGCUGUCCUUAGUAACACUCUCCCUUAUGGAGACCUUAAUUGAUCUAAAUUGUGAGGACGUCAUGAUCGAGCUGGUAUUCAAGUACCUUUUAAAUGGCCAUCACAUGGUCUCACCGCAGAAGCACAAAUUAUCAGAUCCCGAAAUGUAUAGGCUGGCAUCUCUGGCCUUCUUGGAGUUAAGCCCGAAAUGCUGUAAGAGGCCAUUAGAAACGACAAAAGCGUGGGUCGAAGAGAUGGCGGCCAGUGGAAGGAAGGUUCUGGAACUUAGUAGUAAUGACAGUAGGAGAGUGAACGGAGUACACGGAGAUAUUGCUAUGAAUGAUCUAGUCCAGGAUGUCAAUUUUGAUUAUGGGAACCCGAACGAAACCCUAAUCGGCAACUAUCAUGCAUAUCUUUGCGAUAGUCGCUUUGAGAUAGUUACGCGAUCCAUUGCGUGUGCGCACUGGUCCUCGAAAUACAAUACAAUUUCUCCCAAAAGAGAACCGAACAACAACACGAAUAUCAAAGAAACAGAGCAUACUAUUGAUAGCCUAGUUUCAAUUUGCACAAGUGGAUAUGACACUUUUAAAACGUCAGAAAAAAGUGACACAUCCGAAAAAGAAAACAGUCUCAAUUCCUUGACAGAGGAAAAGGAAGGAAAGGAAUGUUUGGAGGAAAAGCAACAAGUUAUUGAUGAAAAGGAAACCCUUAGUUUGAAUUCCUUUGGGGAAACUAGCGGCUAUAAUAGCUUUUUAAAGGUGGAUUGUGAUGAGGGAUUUGCUGAGGAUUCGUUUAGGAAGAGUUUUGAAAAGGAACUCGAGGAGUUCAGUGAGGCUGACGUGCCCGUGGGAAGCUGGAGGGUCAGCACUGAUAGUAUUAUUGGUCCGCUAUUAAGCAGUCUUCUUAGGAAGACGUCGCGUAGUUUAGAAUCGGAUGUUACGAGCAACUGCCACGUCACGAGUAUCAUCUGCAAACUGUGCUCAUUUCCAUCGGUCCUACUGGUGGCAGUUGUACUGUGCCCCAUUUUGACGCCUAAUGUACCGUCGUUGUAUCAGAUUUUAAAUAAACUACGUGAAGAAGUAGAUAUAGCGUUAGAAGGGAUGGAGAAGGUAGAAGAGUUGGUGGAUCGAGCGAGAGUCUUCCUCAUACAACGGGAGCUAACGUUAGUUCGGCGAGCGCUUACCAACGACGACAGAAAAGCGCGGAAUCCGAAUCUUCAGCAAGACAGUUCGUUUCGUAGAAGCGAAUCUAAAAGACGUAGUUUCUCAUCUAGUAUUAGCAAUAUGUUCUCCAGGAAGGCACCACCAUCCCCGUCACCACAAAUCCAGCCACCCGCACCACAGCUAGCAUUCACCCAAGAGUCAUACUGGAAUAAAUCAGCAAUUCAUCGCUGCAUAUUAAACGCAGUGAUCCUCGACGAAUGGCUCAAAGAAUUAUCAGCCUUAUGUCAGGAACAGGCGCUCAGAUUAUCCGCUGAAAGUUACGAACACGAAAACUAUAUACGAAUAUUAACCUUAUGACUACGGGCGAAGGCCUCACAGGGCACAGUUAAGAAAAAAGUUGUCUUUUUCGAACCAAACUUGGAGACGCAAGUGUAAAUUUGAAUAAUUUAUUUUCGAAAUGUGAGGUUAUGGUUCGAACAAUUUUGAUACUUGUGUGCAUUAUUGUAUUCUGGAACAAACUAUAAUGCAUCACAAAAUGGAUGAAGACGUGGUUGGAAAAGUAUAGUCAAAUUAGUGUAUUUUUUAAGAUUAUAAUAUUUUAUUAAUUUUAAUGACGUCAUUACUUUUAGGUGCAGAAGUAUAUGAGUCUUUCAUUGGUCAAUCUUUUGUAGAUUUUAUUUCAUAAUGUAGUGACAUUCUAAACAAAUAUUAUUAUGAACAUUGAAUUGGUUGUUUUAAAACUAAGCUAACUUAAGAUUAAAGUUUUAAAUUUAUAUUCAAGUUGCCUUGUAGUAUUGUAAUUGUUUAUAGGUAGUUGGCUAUAAAAGCCUAUUUCAUAAGACGUACGUCUAGCCUCAGCUGCAACUCAUUUGUCAUUGUGAAAUCUAUUUUAGUCGAGGAAAUAUAAUUAAUAAUAAGAUUUAAAAUAUUUUUCAGAUGAAAUAUGGAUAAAAUGUUGACAAUUGUCCUAAUUGAAAAGGUAUUAGAAGUUAUAUUAUAAUGUGGUUUAUUCAUACUACUUUUAAAUAAAGAACUUUUCAGUUAGUUAAAUUUUCUCCCAUAUUUAUGAAGUAGGGCAUUAUUUAUGUUAAAAUGACGUUCAGUAUAAUUGUUUUUAAAUAAUUGUGUGGAUCCACAUGUUUAAUUGAAUUGGCAUGUAUGCCAUCUACUUAAUUCUAAGUACCUAAUAGUUAUAAGAUAAAAUUAAUCGAUAAUUAUCAACGAGUAUGCCAUGAUGUAAUUUUGAACUGUGAUUUUGUAAUGUUCAAAAAUUGGAAUAAUUUAUUGUAAAUUUUACUUUUUAAUACUUAUCUUCUAACGUAGAUUCGUAUCUCAGUGAUUUUAGUGCAUUAACUAACAUUUAAUUUUUAGGAAUUUUACAUUUAGAAGAAAUAUUAUUAACAUUUAUUUGUAUUUAGGGUUCAAAUAAUGUCGAAACAAUAAUUCCAAAUGUUCGAAAUUUGAAAAUAUUUUUUUUUUCUAAUGGCCUAUAUUGAUUUUCUCAAUUUGGAUUCCUUGAGUUAUAUUCGUGCAACGAUAAUUUAGCGUGUCUUAUUAUUUUGGUGGUUACGGCAUUUUAUAUGAAGGCGUUUGAUGCUUUAUUUUCAUUAUGGGGACUAACUAAUCAUAUAUUAAUUAUAUAAUCCAAAUAUUGUCACUUCAUUACCAAUAAUUGGAUUAUUUUUAAAUUAAUAGAAUUACAACCGUAAGCACCAUUUUUAAUUUAUUGACAUUUUAAUUAACAAUUAAAUUUAGAAUAAUUUCGCUCAAAUUCUAUUAUCGUCCUUUUCCGUCCAAGGAUGUAUAUUUAUAUGGCACAAAUAUAUUCUUUAUACAUUUAUUUAUUGUUUUAUAUAUUAUAAGUGCAGUUGUAGUUAAGUAAAAUAUAAUGUAUACUACAAUGGCCGCUAUAAACUUUAUGAAUUUCUAUACAAGCUUCAUAGCUAUUAAAUCUUGUAUCUUUUUCACAUUACUAAUAAAACAGGAAAUUUCAAUUUUUAUAGAAAAUGACCUAAACUAUACAAAUCUGUCAGGCAUGCCUUUCAAUUUUUGAAAGUGACAGCAGAGAAGCUGUUAUUUGAAAUAUUUAGUUUUAGGAGAACACUAAACCAGUUUCUGUAGUCUUUGCUCAUAUCACAGACAAUAAUCUAUAUAAAUGCGUUCUUAUUUGUAGCGGCUAUUGAUAAUGGUAUUUAAAUUCAAUUUGUGUGCAAUAAACAAUUAACAUGUAUAUUAAUGCAAGGUAAAUGAAUUUACCUGGCCAUUUUAAAUUGUGUAUCAUCAAUCAAAUAUAAUUAAAUAUAAAUGUAUCGUUGUACCCUCUAACAUCUAAAUUUAAAUAAAACUUUUCAAAAUCCGAUUAUUUUGAACAAUUACCAUACAAUUAUGUGACAUUACAAAGAAAGAUUUUAAUGCACAAUUAAGAACAUUGUAAUUGGAUAUAUUAUGAAAUUUUUAUACGUAGAUUAUUAUUUAUUAAUAAAACAA